UUUAAAAUUAUUUAUCAAAAUGUUUUCUUCAGUCUCGUUUAGUGUUUGCAUUGCCUUAGCAUUUGCUUCUUCAAGAACACUUGCUUAUCCACUUUCUGAAUAUCCAUACAUUUCCGUAAACAUUAUUGCAACUGAAUUAAACGUUACAACUGAUCUUCCACAAGGAGUUAAAUUGACUCCUUUGACUGCAGUUAUAACCGACAAAGGAUUAAUUCGAUAUAAAGUAGGCCGUCGAGAACCAAAUGAUAGACUUCUUAUUGAGACAACAAAAGGAGGAGCAUCCGGAAAAGAACCAGUUAACUAUCAAAUGGGUAUUAAAUUUGGAUCAACAAUAACUGCUGCUUAUAUUGAUAUAGAUCAUCAAUCCAAGGAUAGCCAAGCUUAUGCUGUAUUUAAUGGAACCCAACAACAACUUGAAUUCCUCAUAGCUAUUAAUAACGUCGAUCAUUUUGGCUACGCAACCAAAUUGUUUGUAAAUAAUUUUUAAUAUUGUUAUAUUAUUAAUAUUGUAAUAUUAAUAUACGGAGCACAGUGGAACGUU